GCGGAGCCGAGCGGAGACAGAGAGCAGCGCGCGCGCCCGCCGGGCCCCCGCCACGCCGCGGUGCCCCCGCCCGCCGCCGUCCCGCGGCACCAUGUCCGUGGAGCUGGAAGAAGCCGAUCUCCCCCUGACCGAGGCGGAGGAGGUGCCGCUUGCCCCGGAGAAGAAAGGGGCCGCAAAGAAGGCGAAAGGCGGCGGCUCCUCCUCGUUGUCGCCGUCGAAGAAGAAAAAGAACAACAAAAAGAAGAACCAGCCGGGCAAAUACAGCCAGCUGGUGGUGGAAACGAUCCGCAAGCUGGGCGAGCGCAAUGGCUCCUCGCUGGCCAAGAUCUACAACGAAGCCAAAAAGGUGGCCUGGUUCGACCAGCAGAACGGUAGGACCUACCUAAAGUACUCCAUCAAGGCGCUGGUGCAGAACGACACACUGCUUCAGGUCAAGGGCACCGGCGCCAACGGCUCUUUCAAGCUCAAUAGGAAAAAGCUGGAAGGAGGUGGUGAGGGGGGCGCGGGCAGCAGCGCCCACAAGUCCCACAAGAAGGCGGCGGCGGCCUCCACGUCCCGGCGGGCGGAGAAGAAGCCGGCGGCCAAGAGCAAGAAGCCCGAGAAGAAAUCCCAUAAGAAGGGAGCCGGCGGCGCGGCGACUAAGAAAGACAAGGGCAAAGCUAAGAAGGCCACCAAGAAGGGAGCCGCGUCCCCCGGGGGCAAGAAGGUGAAGAAGUCGGCAAAGCCCAAGGCACUCAAGAGCAGGAAGGCAUGAGAGCGGGGCGCAGGGAACCCCGCCGCCCCCGGACUGUGAGCCCCGCGGCACGGACUGCACCGCGGACGGACCCCAGGGGACCCGCUUUGUCUUUGUGUUGCUGACUCGGCUCCGCAGCCGCUGCUGUUCGCGGUGAGCGGGGCUGCGGCUGUCCCAGCCCCCCCUUCCCGCCGCCUUAUUUCCUCCAUCCCCCGCUCUCCCCAUCCCGCCGCUUCUCCCCGAUCGCGCCCCUUUGUUGUCGGCCGUGCCCCUCCCCGCGUGUAACCGGUUCCCGUUCCGUUCCCUCCCCCCCCCCGCGUCCUCUCCCGUUCCUCCCCGGUGCUUCCCGGGGAUUUUUCCCGCCCGGUUUCCAUGGCAACCAUUGCGCGGCGGCGCCCCCGCGCCACGUGGGCCAGCUCCCGCCGCUGGGGCCCGCGCCGCGCCCCGCCGCCUCCAGCAGCCACGGCGCCCCCUAUUGGCUCCCGGCCCCCGCUGCCAUGGCAACGGCCCGUUGGUCGCCAAUUGGCUGCCGCGGCGUCGGGUGCUCUUAAAGGUGCCGUCCGCGGGGCGCGGGCUCAGGGCGCAUCGCCAAUGGCCUUUAAUUCUGUUUGUAGCCGGUUUUGGGUUGAUUUCCGUUAUUUUUACGUGUGGGGAGGGGGGUUUGGG